UUCAAAAAGAAAAACCCAAUAUUGUCUUAAUAGAAACUGCUUAUUAUGAAACAAUAAGCGGAAACAAAGACAUAAUGGAUUUGGAAAAAUUAGCGGGAGCCUUGGAAUGUUUAAAAUUCCAUACUAAAAGCCAAAUAAUUAUGAGACAAAACAAACUUACUAAGGAUUUUGGGGCAAAAUUAAAAAACGAGGAAGAAACCAUUCCUAAUUUGUUCCAUUUUAGCGGAAAAUGA